CGCUGAGUAGCCAUUUUGGUCCCACCUAAAACAGACAGAGCCGCUUCACUUUGUGCCGCUGGAGAUGGGAGAAACCGAGUGUAUGGCGAGCGUUUCAGUCACCCGGACCUUUUAAAACCGUCUGCCAAACACCCACCUUUACCACCGAAGGUCAUGUUGUUUUUUUGAAGCGAGUCAUUUUUGGGGGGAAGAAAGAGGACUGUGGUGAUUUUUGGAAGUGACGACCGACAGCAGCGCCUUCUCGUUAGUUUAGUUAGCUUCACUGACUGAAAGCCGAGCGGACAAACGGACUCCGGCUACCCUGUCGAGUCGAACAAAGGUUACAGCAGGAGCAUGUUAUCUCCGCAGCUUAAACGCUAAAUACAAGUUGAUUGUAAUAUUUUUUUUUAUUUUAGUAUUUUUUUUGUUACGCUCCGGAAUUUCUCAGGUGCCUGGCUCUAACACGUCCGGUCUGGGCUGAAAAUUGUCACGAUCCAUGCUGAGCCUAUUUUUCCACAGAGACCUGCAACGCAAAGCAAUAAUAACCAGAUUUCUUGGCUGGUGGAUUUAAAACGGAGGAUUAUUUUUUCAGCUCAAACGGCUCCUGGUUAGGGAAGACCUAAGAAAUGAUGUCAACAAAAACUCCUUUGCCGACGGUCAACGAGAAGGUGACGGAAAGUCACACAUCUCACAGCAACGGGCGCCAGGAGCUCAGCACACGCUCAGGUCGGACCGGCAUGCGAUCCCGCAGCUCGGACGAGUCGCAGCAACCCCAUGUGGGCAACUACCGGCUGCUCAAGACCAUCGGCAAAGGCAACUUCGCCAAAGUUAAACUUGCCCGGCACAUCCUCACCGGCAGAGAGGUGGCAAUUAAGAUAAUAGACAAGACACAGCUGAACCCAAACAGCCUUCAGAAGCUUUUCAGAGAAGUUAGAAUAAUGAAGAUCUUAAAUCAUCCCAAUAUUGUCAAGCUGUUUGAGGUGAUUGAGACGGAGAGGACCCUCUACCUUGUGAUGGAGUACGCCAGUGGAGGUGAGGUGUUCGACUACCUGGUUGCACACGGAAGAAUGAAGGAAAAGGAGGCCAGGGCUAAAUUUAGACAGAUCGUAUCGGCGGUGCAGUACUGCCACCAGAAGCACAUUGUUCACAGAGACCUCAAGGCGGAGAACUUGUUACUAGACGCGGACAUGAACAUAAAGAUUGCCGAUUUCGGCUUCAGCAACGAGUUCACUUUAGGCAACAAGCUGGAUACGUUCUGCGGCUCUCCGCCGUACGCGGCCCCGGAGCUUUUCCAGGGGAAGAAGUACGACGGGCCGGAGGUGGACGUCUGGAGUCUGGGGGUCAUCCUGUACACGCUGGUCAGUGGCUCCCUGCCCUUUGAUGGACAGAACCUGAAGGAGUUGCGCGAACGCGUUCUAAGAGGAAAGUACCGCAUUCCUUUCUAUAUGUCCACGGACUGCGAGAACCUCCUGAAACGCUUCCUGGUCCUGAACCCGGCCAAGCGUGGUACUCUCGAGGUGAGGGAGGACACCGAAAAUCAAAUCAUGAAGGAUCGGUGGAUCAAUUCGGGAUUCGAGGAGGACGAGCUGAAGCCUUACACCGAACCAGAACUGGACAUCACGGAUCAGAAGAGAAUAGAUGUGAUGGUGGGUAUGGGCUACAACCUGGAGGAGAUCCAGGACUCCCUGGCCAAGAUGAAGUAUGAUGAGAUCACAGCCACCUACUUGUUGCUGGGCAGGAAAGCCUCUGAGCUGGAGCCCAGCGACUCUGCCUCCAGCAGCAAUCUGUCUCUGGCCAAACCCAGACCAAACAGUGAGCUCAACGGCCAGUCGCCAUCCCACCUCAAAGUGCAUCGGAGCGUCUCCUCCAACCACAAACAAAGGCGCUACAGUGAGCAAGUCGGUCAGAACGUUCCUCCAGGGAUGGCUCAUCCAAAGAGAAGCCAGACCACCACAGCAGACAACAGUGCGAAGGACGAAAGCGGAGCUCAGCUCCGGAAACCCGGCAGCCGAGGCGGUCUACCUUCCAGCCCCCUGCUGGGCAACGCCAACAACCCCAACAAGGCUGACAUCCCUGAGCGGAAGAAAGGAGCCACCACCGGCCCGAGCAAUAACUCUGCUUCAGCAGGCAUGACCAGGAGGAACACGUAUGUCUGCAGCGACAGGAACAACGCGGACCGCCUCUCGGUCAUCCCCAACGGGAAGGAGAACAGCAUGACUGAGAUGGCUUGUGCCAUUAGCCCCUCUUCUUCUUCUGCCUUUGGUGCCGUCGUUUUCGGCGCCUCGUCCACUUCGGUACAGCAGAGGUAUCAUAUCGUCAGCCCUCUAUACGCUUGUCAGGCAGACUGGGCCACCCUGCCCCACUCCUACUACGCUCUGGACCGCUGCUCGGCCAAUGUUGCCGUGUCGCCCGGCGGCCAGAGGAACCCGGUGGCGUCCACCCACAGCAUCAGUAACGCCACCACGCCCGACCGCCUCCGCUUCCCCCGCGGCACGGCCAGCCGCAGCACCUUCCACGGCGGCCAGCUGAGAGACCGCCGCACCGCCACGUACAACGGGCCGCCGGCGUCCCCCACCCUGUCCCACGACGCCACGCCCCUGUCCCAAACCCGCAGCCGCGGAACCAGCAACCUGUUCUCUAAGCUCACGUCCAAACUCAGCCGUAGAAACAUGUCAUUCAGGUUUACCAAAAGGGUCAGUAUUGACCCGGCCAAACGGCAGAUAGCCAAAACAGGGCCUGCCAACCCUUCUACCCAGGGAGGAAAGACCCUUAAUUCUCGAGCAGAAGAUAUAGAGAGUUGUAGGAAGAUGAAGAUCUAGAGUAAGGGUUGUUUCAAUCUCCUAAUUUCUCCCUGAGGAAGUCUCUAAAGGAACAGUCUGGUUUUCAGAUGUUGCUCCUCCUUCUGUAGUGUUUCUUUGUUGUUGUUGUUGUUUUCGGCGCCAUUUUGGCUAACCUUGGACCUGCUGUCAGUCCCGUCUGUUCUUGUCCUCUUGUCCUCUUUUAGAUGUUAGAAUGUGGCAUUCCACACGUUUUGUUUGUUUCCUCUGCAGUGCAUGAUGGGAGCCUGUCCAGAACACCCGUCCUGUCAGAGGAGUUUUUAAUGUUACAUUAUUUAGAUGUUCUUUCUGUAUCUAAACGCUUUUAGCGACGUGAGCGCCAUCAGAAAGGUGUUUUUGAUCAACUUUCAGUAGACGUCUGUCAAAUUAUUUCUGAGUUCAUUAUUCAUUUAGGUUGCCAAGGUGACAUCACACUGCUGUGAGAGACUCUGUAAAAUAUGAUUUUUACUGUGUUAAAGGCAAAAUGAUUUGGACUUGACGGGGGUUUUUUUAGCUGUUUUAGCCUGUUGGACGUUUAGGGUUGCAGCAAAGAGGGAUCUCUGCAGCUUUUUCUAGAAAACGUAAAUCAUUAUUUCACCUCAGAUUUUUAGGAGGCUGCCAAGUAUUUCCAAAUCCGUCAUGUUUAAUGACGGCCGGAGGUUAACAGCUCAAAAUCGUACAAUAGAGAAACGGCUAGAAUUAAUGGCGAACCGAUAAAUCAGCCCAGGUUUCCUUCAUCUGCAAUCGGCCGAUACACGCGAAGCCGAUCUUAUCUCCUUCUGGGAAGGUCAGAAGGUCAGCCACUGUCCUCUUUUACUUUGCUGUGAGAGGUUUGAUGCAGAUGUAACACACCAGGUUACAUCUAUAUGUGUGCAGUUAACAGUCAGCCCACUGUUGCAAACUGAGCAACUUUGUCAACAAUUUUUCAGUUAAAAAAAAUAAAAAAUCAAGUUGGUCCAAAGUCGAAAUUGGCCGGUCAACCUUUUUAAAGACCAGUGAUCUGCCUGAAAACUGGAGUCGGUUCACAUCUGUCUGUGAUGAGCAGCCUUCCUGUUAUCUGCUGAAGUCAGCUCGCCUCUCUGCCGGUACAACCAGCCACACUAAAGCAGAACACGACCUGAUCUCCUGUAACAGACUGGGAAGUUGUGUACGAAUCAUCAAAGACGUAACGAACACACAUCAGCGUGAAGCAUCUGGAAUAAAAAUAGUCUCCUUUUUUAUUAAAUGCCCUCUGACAUAUUCUGUGCUUGAAAGUAGCUGCAGUUGAACGUGGAUACGGCAGGGUGGCUCCUGUCUGUCAGUGGAGCUGAAAAUCGGCAGCAGCACUGAUUUCUUGGCGCGUCUUUAGUAAAUAUGGAGAAAAACAAAAACAGUUGGAGAAAAUAGUUGAAGGGAAGAAAAACUGUAUUUCUCAGCGUCUCUUCACACAAGCAGGUAAAAUCAUCUCGCAUUAAAUCAACUAAUAUUUCAGUAAAGCAGGCCAGCUCAUUGAUGGACAAAUUUGAUUGGAGAUGCACCGAUCCCAUAUUAAUAUAUGGAUCGGUCCUGAUGUUGGAAAAAAAUUCUACAUCAGAAAUCGGUGACGAUGUUCCCGAUCCAAUAGGGGCGGCUCUAUUCAGUGUAAUUCUACACUGAGCAACGUCAUGCAUUAUUUAUUUCUACAUUCGAUUUAGAAUUCCUAAUUUAACUUUUUGAACCAUGUGAAAGGUUUGUUUAUUUUUUGUCAAUUUCCUUAUUUAUUUUCCAUCGGCUGUUCUACUGCUAAUUACACUGAGAACCAAUGAAAGUUGUUUUUCCAUGUUUGACCAGCUAUAUUGGUGAAUUUCAGUGAGCUGUCCUGGUGCAAAGUUAGGAAAUAAAUUUGCAAUUCAGUACAUUUAUGUCUGUUUAAAAAAAAAAGAAAAGAAUAAUUAUUUUAGGUCAGUUCCGCUGAUACUAAACCUCAGAUUUCAGUAUCAGUAGUGAGAAAGUGGAUCAGUGCAUCCCUAGAUUUAACGUUGUUGUUCGUUUUUUUU